AUGAAGUUUUGUCCAAUAUCAACUACGUGUAAACUGUCCUAUAACAGAUCAAGGCCACCAUUACUCCCUCCCAUUACCGGCAUGACGGCGGCUAUAACCAACUGUCCCCGCCCGUCUCCCUCAGCACCACAACCAAACAAACUAUCUUCAAUUUCAAGCACUACGUAUACUUCCUUUCUCCAAGGGAAACUAUUUGGUCCCUUCAAUUUCUUCAUGUAUAAGCAACCACACCCAAACCAUCCAUUUUCAAUGGUCCCACUCAUCACCAAUUCAUUUAAUUCCCACUUUACUCUUUUAUUAUCAUCAUCAGGUUUUUUUUGUAUGUACAUACAUUCAAUAAUACUACUUGUGUUGUGUCUGUCGACAUUCCACACAUCAAUCUUUCUCAACCUUAAUUUUCAUCAUCCACAAGAAAAUAAUACACAACUAAAAAUUUAA